GCUCAGAGACACCAUUAAAACCCUGGCCCUGGAUUUCUAAACCCCACUAGUUAUCUACCCAGAAGAGCCUGACCCAUUUCGCAGCUCUCAAUCGCCAACAGACCCUUUGAAGCUUUUGAGCUCAAUCGUGGGAUUUAGAGUGUUGUGGGGAGGGUUAAGUUUCAAUGUCAGGGUCGUAUGCCCAGAAUUUCUCGCCGGCGAGAGCGCUGUCGCCGCACGUGAGGACCCCGCCGGAUGUGGACAGUCAGUACUUGAGUGAGCUAUUGGCCGAGCAUCAAAAGCUUGGACCUUUCGCUCAGGUUGUGCCCAUUUGUGGCCGACUCUUGAAUCAAGAGAUAUUGCGAGUUUCUGGAAUGAUGCCCAACCAAGGGUAUAGUGACUUUGACAGGCUGCAACGUGGAAGCCCUAGCCCUAUUGGUUCAGAUAUAAUGCCGAAUUAUAGAGGGUCAAACCUGGGUGGAUGGAAUGGCCGGCCUCAUGAUAGAUUAGGUGGUCCACAGGGAAUGAAUAUGGAGUGGCAAGUGGCACCAUCAAGCCCAAGUUCCUACAUCGUGAAGAGGAUACUGCGGUUGGAUAUCCCGGUAGAUAGUUUUCCAAAUUUCAACUUCGUGGGUCGGCUUCUGGGUCCCAGAGGCAAUUCACUAAAGCGGGUGGAAGCUUCCACAGGUUGCCGUGUGUAUAUAAGAGGGAAGUGUUCAAUAAGAGAUAUAGACAAGGAGGAGUCUUUGAGGGGUAGACCAGGAUAUGAGCAUUUGAAUGAUCCACUGCACAUUAUCAUUGAGGCUGAAUUACCUGCUAAUAUUGUUGAUAUGCGGUUGAGACAAGCAAAACAAAUUAUAGAAGAACUUCUCAAACCUAUGGACGAGUCACAAGACCACUACAAGAGGGAGCAGUUGAGAGAACUUGCAAUGCUAAAAUCCAAUUUGAGAGAAGAAAGUCCUCAACCAUAUGGGAGUGUCUCCCCUUUCACAUCCAGUGGGAUGAAGCGUGCCAAAACUGGUAUUUGAGUUUUCAACAGUGAACUUAACAUGAUGACCUUCUCUCAGUUCUUCCGUGAGUACAAAUGUUGAACAUUCUUGAAAUCAUAUGCAUCUCUGAGUUAUGCAUGCUGAGGCCUAAGAGGGACGUGGUGGACUUCAUUGAUGAGGAUGAAUGCAGGGUUUUGCUUCCAUGACAUUGAUGUAUACGGAUGAAUGGAGAUAUUCUUUUGCUAUAGCUUUUGUGGUUGUAGUUGAUUGCGAUUGUAGAAGUAGAAAGUUAUGUCAUAUAAUCUAUUCUUUAGUUUGCUGAACAAGUAUAUUUGUUAUUAAUUUGAAGCUUAAUAAUUAUUGAUUGUUUAAUAGUUACCCUUGUGGG